AUGGAGCUAAAGAGAAUUCUCGAGAAGAUAGUGAAUAGCUCAAGAACUGAUUGGUCACGAAAACAUGACGAUGCAUUAUGGGCAUGCAGAACUGCCUACAAAACACCAAUAGGCAUGUCACCAUAUUGCCUUGUAUUUGGAAAAGCUUGUCACCUUUCAGUGGAAUUAGAGCAUCGAGCAUAUUGGACAAUAAAGCGGUUAGACAUAGACCUGACAACAGCUAGAGAUAAGAGAAUGCUACAGUUGAAUGAGUUGGAUGAAUUUCAGAUGGAUGCCUAUGAGAAUGCAAAGCUGUAUAAGGAGAGGACAAAAAAAUUGCAUGAUAAAUACAUCCAGCAGCGUGAGUUCACUCCAGGUCAAAAAGUAUUGUUGUUCAAUUCUAGGUUGAAACUUUUUCCUGUGAAAUUGCGUUCUAAAUGGUCUGGUUCAUUCACAGUUGUUCAAGUCUUUCCAAAAGGGGCAACUGAAAUGACUAACGGGACAAAAGAAACCUUCAAAGUAAAUGGACAACGAUUGAAAGUAUAUUGGGAUAGUGACUUUGAUAAUGAGAAGUUACUUACCCAACUUCACGACCCAAAAUGA